AUGGGGACGCCGGUCGCGGCAGAGGGCAACACUAGGGUGGAGGAAGCCUGCGAGAUGUACACCAGGGCUGCCAACAUGUUCAAGAUCGCCAAAAACUGGAGUGCCGCAGGGAAUGCAUUUUGCCAGGCAGCCAAGCUGCACAUGCAGCUGCAGAGCAAACAUGAUUCGGCCACCAGCUUCGUGGAUGCCGGGAACGCCUACAAAAAAGCUGAUCCCCAAGAGGCCAUCAACUGCUUAAAUGCAGCUAUCGAUAUCUACACGGACAUGGGCCGGUUCACCAUUGCUGCCAAGCACCACAUCACCAUCGCUGAGAUCUAUGAGGCCGAGUUGGUGGACAUUGAGAAGGCGAUUGCACACUAUGAGCAGGCUGCUGACUAUUACAAAGGAGAGGAGUCCAACAGCUCAGCCAACAAGUGUCUGCUGAAGGUGGCUGCCUACGCUGCGCAGCUGGAGCAGUACCAGAAGGCAAUAGAAAUCUAUGAGCAGGUCGGAACGAACACGAUGGAUAAUCCUUUGCUCAAAUACAGUGCUAAAGAGUAUUUCUUCAAAGCGGCUCUGUGCCACUUCAUCGUGGAUGAGCUAAACGCAAAGCUUGCCCUUGAGAAAUAUGAAGAAAUGUUCCCAGCGUUCACAGACUCACGGGAGUGCAAGCUAUUGAAAAAACUGCUGGAAGCUCAUGAGGAGCAGAACAGCGAGGCGUACACUGAGGCAGUUAAAGAAUUCGAUUCGAUAUCGCGGUUGGAUCAGUGGCUCACGACCAUGUUGCUUCGCAUCAAGAAGUCGAUCCAGGGAGAAGGGGACGGGGACCUGAAGUGAAUUGUGCGUGGUGUUUGUGGCAUGCAGCCUCAGUCAUCUGUUCGUGUGUUACCGCCAAGGACCACUAUGGGAUACGUGAUGCAAUAUCUAGCUUUAUUUUGUUGCUUACAAACCUGACAAAUUGUGUGUUUCUUUAGUAUUCCUGCUCUUUGUUGUGACAACAUGGGUAGAUGGGAUGUGAUGCUCUGGGUGGCACUGGCAGGUCUUUCCGAGGUGAAAGCAGCAGAAAUCCCUUCUUGGUUUUGGUAGCUGGGAGCCCAAUGUCUGCACGUGCAGCUACUUUUCUUUCCUGCUCUCCUGUUUUAAGGCUCGGCACCAUUGAUUCCAGCAUGGAAACAUCUGUCUGUGCCAGUGAAGU